AAACUCAAAAAGGACCCAAAAGCUCCAGUUCAUACGGUUAACCGCACGAAACCUUCUGCAAAACAAAGAAACGCACUUCGUAACAAAACCCUAAUCCCCAAAUAGAAUGAUGUUUUCCCUAAUUCACUCUCCAUGACCACCACUAUCGGCCCACCUUUUAUACUCACCCGCCGUUGAUUUUUGCCUGCGUCUCCGGCAGUCGCCUUUUGCAGGUUGUGGCUUCUGUUGAAAGGUUGGAUUUUGAAGGUCUCUACUGUUUGUCAUUGUUGCUCAGCCUUCAGUAGCAACAAUGGGCAGUUCAUUUAAUGCUCAAAUCUUGGUGGAAAAGCUAGCCAAGCUUAAUAACUCACAAGCGAGCAUAGAGACUUUAUCACAUUGGUGUAUUUUCCAUAUGAAUAAGGCAAAACAAGUUGUUGAAACUUGGGACAGACAAUUUCAUUGCUCCCCACGCGAGCAGAGAUUGGCCUUUCUGUAUCUUGCCAAUGAUAUUUUGCAGAAUAGCAGGCGUAAGGGUUCGGAAUUUGUUGGUGAAUUUUGGAAGGUUCUUCCUAAUGCUCUUCGUGAUGUGAUUGAAAAUGGAGAUGAGUUUGGAAGGAAUGCUGCAUUGCGUUUGAUCCGUAUAUGGGAAGAGAGAAAAGUAUUUGGUUCUCAGGGACAAAUUCUCAAGGAAGAGCUUGUUGGCAGACAAUCAGAAAACAAUAAUAGAAAUGGCAGGCAUGUAGGUGUAAAGCUGCAGAAGCAACCUGUUAGAAAUACAGUGGACAAAAUAGUGUCAGCCUAUCAAGUUGUUUAUGGUAGUCAGAUGGAUGAAGAUGUUAUAUUCAGCAAAUGUAGGAAUGCUAUUAGUUGUAUCGAUAAAGUAGAUAAAGAAAUUGGUACUGAUGUCAAUACAGGGCAGUUCCGUGGAUCUGCACUUGUGGAGGAGGUCCAGGGUCAGCAUGCUGUAUUGAGGGAUUGUAUUCAGCAGCUAACAGCUGUUGCAUCAUCAAGAGCUAGUCUAGUCUCACAUUUGAGAGAGGCUCUUCAGGAGCAGGAAUUCAAGUUGGAGCAAGUUCGUGCUGAGCUUCAGGUGGCACAGUCCCGAUCGGAACAUGCCGGUAACAUCUGCGGACAAUUUUUAAAUAUUGACAAUCCCGAGUUGGUAGCUGAGCAAAGUUCAAAGGAACCUCACACAUCUAUUGCACCUCAAAGUUUUAUUCCAUCAGCUACAGAGCAAUCAGCUCCUGUGAUGUAUGCCCGGCAAGCAUCUUUUCCUGAUAAUUCUGGCCGCAAUGAGGAAGAUCCUCGGAAAUCUGCUGCUGCUGCAGUAGCAGCGAAGCUAACUGCAUCAACAUCCUCUGCGGAGAUGCUUUCCUAUGUCUUGUCUUCCCUUGCUUCUGACGGUGUCAUCGGUAAUCCUAUGAAAGACUCGUCUGGUGAUUACCCUUCUGAGAAGAGAUCUAAGCGUGAGAAUGACCCGUCUUACAUACCAUCUCAGAAUCCUCAACAAGCCUCAGUUCCACCAUUCUCGCAUCCUGAAUCGCACCAACAUAAUGUUGUGACCACCACCCAGCAGUUGGCUCUAAAUGAGGUGCCACCUCCUCCAUCAUCGUCUCCUCCACCUCUGCCACCACUGCCGCCUAUGCCACCGUAUGCUGUGCCCCAGUACAUGCCAACUGCUGGAUCAAUAAAUGGGGCGACAUAUAGCUAUAGCAUGACAUCACAGCAGCCUUCCUUGCCUGGUUAUUCCAUAGCUGGAGCUGCAAUGAGUGGCAUCUCCUUAUUUGCCACAUCAUCAACUAAUUCUUACCAGAGUUUCCAAAGCUCUGAAGGUUUUCAUAACCAGCCGUCAUCCUUGCCAACGGCACCUAUUUCUCGACAGUAGUUCAGAUAGGAUGCUUUAAAAUGAAUUGUUCUUGUUAGAUAAGAGCAGUCAGCACCAGACCAAUCUUUGUUCUGCAUGUGCACAAUGUAAAUUUCUUGUAACUUACAUAUAUCAAUUGUGUUCGUAUUUGGUAUUUAAAACUAUUUAUGGCAUUCUUGGAUUGUAUAAGAAAAUUUUAGUCAGGAUUAAACCCUA